GUCGAAAAAACGACUGACUACCCUUCAGCUGAGUACUCCCUGGUGGAGGAUGUAGCCCUCCACUUCACGUGUUUGAUGGACAGACUGAACGAGCAGCGCCUCUUUCAGCCGGACCUGUGCGACGUGGACAUCGUGCUGGUGCAGCACAAGAGCAUCUUCCCGGCGCACAAGGGGGUCCUGGCAGCCUACAGCCAGUUCUUCCACUCCCUCUUCACCCAAAACAAGCAGCUUCAGCGCGUGGAACUCUCGCUGGAGGCCCUCACCUCGCAGGGCCUCCAGCAGAUCCUCAACUUCAUCUACACCUCCAAGCUCCUCGUCAACUCCUGUAAUGUGCAGGAUGUGCUGAACGCGGCCGCCGUGCUGCAGAUGAACAACAUCGCUUCCUCCUGCCAGGACCUCCUUGACACCCGCUCGCUCAGCCUGGCCGCCGACAUGGCCCUGCCCGCUGAGGGCUGCGCCGGACCCCCGCCCUACUACUGCGAGAUCAAGCAGGAGGUGGAUGUCCCCCAUCCCAAGAUCUACGCCCGGGAGGGCAACGACCCCUACUCGGUGCGGGUGGAGGAUGGAGCAGGUGGUGGGACGCUCCCCCCUGGUCCAGCCAAGCAGUACUACAAGGAGGAAAAGGAUGGUGGUCCAGGCGCCGUCUGUAAGAUGGAAGGCGAAGAGUCCGAGGAGGACCUGGACAGCCAGGGCUCAUACAACCGGGAGCAGAUCAUCGUGGAGGUGAACCUCAACAACCAGACCCUCAAUGUCUCCAAGGGCAUGGAGGGGAAGGCGGCCGCCAGCGAGGCGGCCGUGAUGGGGCGGCCUGAUGGUGAUGGGCGCGACACGGAGGAGGAUGGGGAGGAGGAGAAUGAGGAAGGGGAGGAGGAGGAGGAAGAAGAGGAGGAUGCAGAAGUGGGUGAGGAGGAGGAGGAGGAGCACAGCGAGGAAGAAGACCUGGAGGAGACGACGGAAGAAGAGGACGAUGACGACGACGAUGAAGAUGCGUCAGAGGUGAAAAGGGAAAAGGGUGGGCAGCCCCGCAGAGGUAGCCGGGCAUCCAAAGCCACCAAACCUGCCAUGGCAACCAGGUCCCAGGAGAUGGCCAAGGUGGAAGAGGAGGAGGAGGAAGAAGAGGAAGGCCAGCGAGGGAGGAAGAGGAAAAAGGAGCAGGAUGGUUUGGGCCAGAAGGUGAAGCUGGAGGAGAAGCAGCACUACCCGUGCAAGAAGUGCCCCCGGGUCUUCAACAACCGCUGGUAUCUGGAGAAGCACAUGAACGUCACGCACAGCCGCAUGCAGAUCUGCGACAAGUGCGGCAAACGCUUCCUGCUGGAGAGCGAGCUGCUGCUGCACCACCAGACCGACUGCGAGAAGAACAUCCAGUGCGUGACGUGUGGGAAGGGGUUUAAGAAGCUCUGGUCCCUCCACGAACACAACAAGAUCGUCCACGGCUAUGCCGAGAAGAAGUUCUCCUGCGAGAUCUGCGAGAAGAAGUUCUACACCAUGGCCCAUGUGCGCAAACACAUGGUUGCUCACACCAAGGACAUGCCGUUCACCUGCGAGACCUGCGGGAAGUCCUUCAAGCGCAGCAUGUCCCUCAAGGUCCAUUCACUCCAGCACUCUGGGGAGAAGCCUUUUAAAUGCGAG